GCUUGUGUCCCCUCCACAGUGUUGGAACCAUCCACAGCAUCAGAAUGCUUCAAGAUCGCUUUUGUGCCUUCAUUAACUUCACUACCAAGCAAGGAGCCGAACGUGCCAUUGCAGAGUUACAGGGUAUUGAACUGGAGAGAACGAAGUUGGUGAUCCGGCAUCCUGACAAUAUCUAUAAGCACCUGGGAGCGGGCAGGGUGGGAGCCACAGCCCGCUAGUCUCGGCCGUCAGGUACCCAGCCACCCUCCUGCACCCUCCCAGGGGUAGGUCGGUCAUUGGAGGGGAAGGGGCGAACAGGCGGACCCAGAAGGACACACCUCUGUGUAUGAGAGAGACAGACAGACCUUAAGCCCAUCUUUCGUGAUUUGGACAGGGUCUCCCUCGUUCAACACCAGGGACGGAGAGAGGCUUUGGUCUGCAAUCAAGUGUCCAAGAAACUGGAAGACCACGUGGAGUUUGGAAUGAUGGGCUGAGGGUGGGGCUGAGCAUGUUGGGGGGGUUGUGGAAUGAGCAGUUUCCUGACACUCAGAGACACACGCACACACAUUCACACACAACAGAUGUACACACAUAUUUUUUAUCUCUGACUCUCUCUCUCCACGUGUAUAUAUAUAUAUAUUCUGAAUACUGAAAGGCCUAGACAGAGGGCAUGUUUCCUAUAGUGGAGGAAUCUAGGACGAGAGGGCACAGCCUCAGAAUAGAGUGGUGUCCAUUUAGAACAGAGGUGAGGAAAAUUUCUUUACCGAGAUGACCAAGAGGGUGAUGAAUCUGUGGAAUUCAUUGCCACAGACUGCUGUGGUGGCCAAGUCAUUGGGUAUAUUUAAAGCAGAGGUUAAUUAGUUCUUGAUUAGUAAGGAUGUCAAAGGUUACAGGAGAAUGGUUCAGAGAGGGAUAAUAAAUCAGCCAUGAUGGAAUGGCAGACAGACUCAAUGGGUCAAAUGGCUUAAUUCUGCUCUCAUGUCUGUGGUCUCACACGCACACUUCACAUUCCCUCAGAGAGCAGACCAGAUGUCCUAGACCACAGUGUAGAAAGCUGCUUCACUUAUUUCCCUGGAUGAAGGCCAUUCAGCUCGUUCAGUCUGUGCAAUGUGAUCAUUGACAGCAUCUGCUUCUGGAGUGCCCUUUCCACAGGUGGAUCUGGGGUGGGGUUUUGAAUCACCUUCCAAAUACACCCCCACCUCAGCCCACCCCUGGCUGGUCUGACAGCAUAAAAGGAUCCUGCUGGGAAGCUCCUUUAGAUCGCCUACAGCGUGAUUUCCCCCUCUGUCAAAUCAGAAGCCCAACAGAGGGACAUGGACACAGUUGUAAUGACACCCUCGCCUCGAGUGGAUCCCUUGUCUCUGAAUCUUUUCAAAUCUUUUCUCGUGACACACACCAGAAACCUGGGCCACCCCUACUCACCCCCCUCCCCAAAACGCCUGAACUGUUAAACACCUGGAGAGCAUCUCCUCCUGGUCUCCCCACGACCAUCCCUGCUGCUUUCCUGACGCCCGGUGUCUGGGAUGGCGUGGGUGGAGAGUGGUGGGGCCCCACUCCCUGCCGCUCUUGGUGCCAUAUCAGUCACAGUGCUGGGUAAUCGUUAAAACUCGGUGCUCAACAAGUAAUGAGCUGAUUUUACAGUUUAUAGAAUGCACAGUGUCUUUAUGUAUAAAAAGAAUCAAGUUUUUACAACCAGAUCAAAGAUGAUUUGAACAAAAUGAGGCGCGGCAGAGAUUGCAAAUAUAUAUUCCCGCGAAUCUGCAGACUAUGUGUUUGUUUUGACUCAGUGUUUGACAGCGAUUGUUUUAGACUCUCCACACUCCCCAGGGUGGAGAAAGGAAUUUCACUGUACACCCCAGUGUGACACAAGGAAUUUCACCACACACCAUACAUAGUGUGACGGGAGGGAUCUGUCUACACACCAACACACCCUGACAUCAUGCCAGAAACCCAAACCACACAGGGUUGAGAUGUUUGGCCGCUGGCUCCGAGCCCCGGCAGCGGAGUCGGGGUUAAGGUCUCCCAGUCACCGCGGUUUGACUUCGCACGGGCUGUGACUCUAACCGAGGUCCGGACGGAUCGGAUCGGAAACCCGGACACCACCGUUCUGGGCACAUCUGUCUUUCCCUCCAUGCAUCCCUCUCUCCUCCAUCUGUCCCCCUCUCCCCGCCUCCAUCCCCUUCCUGUCUCUCCGUCCCCCUCACCUUCCCUCCACUCCUCCCCUCAGUCUCCUUAUUGACAGUGGUGAGAUGAGGCACCCGUGGGUGUCACUGCCGAUGCUGGGAGCAUGGGUGCUGGUGGUGAGCGGGCAGCAGACGAGCCCGACACCGCCCCGGCAUAACAAGGUGCAGAUCCGGCUGGCGGGAUACCCCCGGAAGCACAACGAGGGGCGGGUGGAGGUGUUUUACGAGGGCGAGUGGGGCACCAUCUGUGACGACGACUUCAAGCUGGAGAACGCCAAGGUCCUCUGCCGCAUGUUGGGCUUCAUCUCGGCCACCGGCUGGACGCACAGCGCCAAGUACGGCAAGGGCACCGGAAGGGUCUGGCUGGACAAUCUAGACUGUGGCGGGACGGAGAAGGACGUGAGUGAGUGCAAAUCCCUGGGGUGGGGCAUGACGGACUGCACCCAUGAGGAGGACGCCGGUGUCAUCUGCAAGGAUGAAAAGAUCCUGGGAUUCGUGGACUCGAACGUGAUUGUGGUGGAGAGUGACCGGCUGGAGGAGGUACGCUUGCGGCCGGUGGUGUCCAUCAGCCGGUCCCGGCUGCCGGUGACAGAGGGCGUGGUGGAAGUGAAGUUUCGGGGCCGCUGGGAGCAGGUCUGUGACAACGGCUGGACCCAAAACAAUUCCCAUGUGGUCUGCGGAAUGAUGGGCUUUCCCGGACAGCGCCGCCUCAACAGGAUCUUCUACCGGAUGGUGCUGAGCCGGCAUCGGUCCCACUUCCGUGUGCAUUCGGUCCAGUGCGUGGGCACUGAGAACCACCUGGCGCUUUGCCCGCUGGUCCUGGCCAAGGGCAACACCAGUGCCCCCUGUGCGGGAGGAAUGCCCGCUGCCGUCAGCUGCAGCUCCGGGGCCUUCAGCAAGUCUCGUCGCAAGAGACAGCCCCAGUGGGUGCGGCUGAAGGCGGGGGCGCGGGCAGGCGAGGGCCGUGUGGAGGUGCUCCGGGCCGGCGAGUGGGGCACUGUGUGUGAUGACCGCUGGGACUUGCUCUCCGCCAGCGUCGUCUGUCGACAGCUGGGAUUUGGCAGCGCCCAGGAGGCGCUCACCGGCGCCCGCAUGGGCAAAGGGAUGGGUCCUAUCUACCUGAAUGAGGUGAAGUGCACCGGCUUCGAGAAGUCCAUCUGGGACUGCCCGGCCAAGAACAUCAGCCAGGAUGGCUGUAAACACAGCGAGGACGCAGCUGUGCGCUGUAACGUGCCGUACAUGGGCCUGGAGAAAAUGAUCCGGAUCAACGGAGGACGGACGCGUUUCGAGGGCAGGGUGGAGAUCCUGGCCGGAGUGGUGAACGGGUCCGAGCGCUGGGGUCUCCUGUGUGGCGAGGGCUGGGGGAUGCUGGAGGCCAUGGUGGUGUGUCGGCAGCUGGGGCUCGGAUACGCCAGCCACGCUGUGCAAGAAACGUGGUACUGGGACGCGGAGACAGGCGCGAAGGAGAUGGUGAUGAGUGGGGUGAAGUGUGUGGGCACCGAGCUGUCCUUGGACAAGUGUAAGAACCAUGGAGCCAGUGUGCAGUGUUCAAGGACAGGCACUCGCUAUGCCGCUGGGAUCAUCUGCUCUGAGACCUCUUCGGACCUGAUCCUGAAUGCGAAGCUGGUUGAGCAGACAGCUUACAUCGAGGACCGGCCUCUGCACAUGUUGUACUGCGCGGCCGAGGAGAACUGCCUCUCCAGUUCGGCCCGGAACGCCAACUGGCCCUACGGACACCGGCGCCUCCUCCGAUUCUCCUCGGAGAUCCACAACAUUGGCCGCGCUGACUUCCGCCCCAAGGCCGGCCGCCACUCCUGGGUCUGGCACGAGUGCCACGGCCACUACCACAGUAUGGACAUCUUCACACAUUAUGACAUUCUGACGCUGAACGGCACCAAGGUGGCAGAAGGACACAAGGCCAGCUUUUGCCUGGAGGACUCUGACUGUGCGGACGAUGGACACAAGCGGUAUGAAUGUGCAAACUUCGGGGAGCAGGGAAUCACAGUGGGCUGCUGGGACUCAUACCGACACGACAUCGAUUGCCAAUGGAUCGACAUCACUGACGUGAAACCUGGCAACUACAUCAUGCAGGUUAUCAUUAACCCGAACUAUGAGGUUUCUGAAAGUGACUUCACCAACAACGCCAUGAAAUGUAAUUGUAAAUACGACGGGCACCGCAUCUGGAUGCACAAUUGUCACAUAGGCGAUGCCUUCAGUGAAGAAGCUGAGAGGAAGUUUGAGAAGUACCCAGGCCAGCUGAACAACCUGAUCCCCUAAUCAGAGCCCACACACUGCCCCCAUCCCAGCACAGCCCACCCUCCCGGUUUGAAGCAGGACUGGUCUCUCACCGGCGAGGAGACACCGGCCCUCUCCUCAAACCAGCUCCCACAAGUCCUGUGGGAUUGCUCACCACCCCAUCCCACCCCGGCCUCUAGGAGAGAGCCUGGCUGUUUCCCGGGGAAGGCCGAUGUGGGGCUCGCCUCUCUGGACCACAGGAGAUCCCUUCACACCGACACUGUGGACAGGAGAACGGUACAAAUGGGUUGUGGCAGACCGCGGGAGCACCAUACUGCAGCUGGACCAGACCACCAGAGCUCGACGAGGCUCCACAGUUGGAUAGGAACAACAGCGAUCCCAGACUCUGUGCUGCCCAGGAACACCAUCGCCAUAACUAGACCAGGACCACAGGUGGACCGGUUCUGUAUGGGCCUGGAACUGCACGGCUAGACUGAGCACGCUAACUGGGGUGGGUACCACCGCUGGCCCACAACUCCACAUCUGUUCCAGGACAUCACAGCUCCCAGUGGUGAGCAGAUUACAAAUUGAAGGUCUCUGGCAACUCCACACCUGGGACUCGCUCACUGACACUGGUGCUCGGUGCCUGACACAGUGUGACUCCCCCCAGUCCAUGGUGCAGAUUCCCAUCCCGCUCGGUGCUAACUCAGCCCUGUCUGCUGCCCCUGCCCCGCGGUCGGCGGCGGCGCCAAUUUGCAGUUCCCGCGUUACACUUGCCCACUUAACAGAGCCCAGUAGCCGUGUGGCAGUCCCCAGCCAAUCUCGGGCAGACCCCUGACCUGACCCGUGUUACAGACCCCAUGCUGCUGGGUGCAGCCCUACCGAGGGGCCAGUCAGACUGUUCCUGUGUUGGGGGGAGGUGGGUGGGCUUUGCCUCGCUCAGGUCUGUCCAGGUGGAUGCCGACGGAUUUCCUGAGUGUCGAGUCCACCACCCCCCUGAAGCUGGAGCCCACCCAUGGGAGCCUCCCACCCACACCCAUGGGAGCUCCCAACCACAGCCCCGGUGACCUCCUCAACAGGUUCUAAUGUUUACAGGGUAAUUUACAAACUAUAUUUCAGCCAUAUCUAUUCUGAGACCAAAUGUGUAUUUAAUUGUCCGAAUAA